CUCCCCUUCUCUCUCCCACGGUCUUCCUUCUCGAGCACAACCCACGCCGGCCACGCCACCACGCCACGCCGGCCUCACCUCGACAGCCACCCCCACCUUCUCCCCCACCCCCCCACCGAUCUCUUUCCUCCCCGAAUCUGGCUUCAGCUCUCUCUCUCUCGGAUUUCUCUAUAUCGCUGCCACUAGGGGCACCGUUCGCCACCACCCACACGUCGACGCCGUCGCCAGUUCUCUGUCGGAGCCCCCUUCUCCUCCACGCCCAGCCCUGCAGCCCGAGGCCCUCCCUCUCUCCCCAGCUCUGUUCGCAACCCACGGUCACCAGCUCUCCCCAGCGCCACCGUGCUCCUCCCGAGCCACCACUCCACGCCAAGCAACCACCACGACCACCCCCUCUCGGCCCCCAUUAAUCCAUAUGGAAAGGCUAAAAAGAUGGCGGAAGAUAUCAUCCUUGAUUUUUCUAAGAAGUCAGACAUGGCGAUCAUGAUCCUGAGUUUUUUGCAGGACUACUAUUGCACCAAUGUUUCUUCAAAUGCAACACCUAUCACUUCUUCUAAAGAUGGUUCUAAAGCUGGUGUGUUGCCAAGAGAUCAUGAUGAUCAGGAGCCGAAAAAGGGUUUUGUUGGGUUGUAUCAAGACAGCAGUAGUGCUAAAGAUCAGGGUAAAAACAAUAUGGCCACUGAACGCCUUACCGAGAAGAGCAUGCGCAAGCCUGGAGAAGAUCAAAGCCUAGUAGUAAAGCAGGAAUAUUUAAGCAACAACGUCGUCGAAAGAGACACAAAACCCAAGACUCCUGUGGAUAAUCCUACUGGGUAUGAUCCUUUUCUCGUGGGAGGAGGCAUCAACCAAGAUGAUCUGUCGUCAAAAGAGAAGAAAAAAGGUGGCAGAAGAACUCCAUAUUCUGAGCCUUCAAAAAAUGUCGUGGACAGCGUUGCACGGACAAGUUCUCCACUAAUUGAAAAGGAGAAGAAAGACACUCCCAAAAUUAUGACUGCAACUCGUGUAGGGCCGGGGGUCCAGUCAGAAAAUAUAGCAGCCCCGGCUUACUCCAGUGGUACUGGACCAGUACUAGUACCUCAAACUCAAAGCCAUUCUUCAGAAAAUAAGACCGCCGAUCGAGAGCUUUCCACCAACAAUUCCAUCUUAUGAAAAGGAAAAGAAAGGGAUGACGGCGCCGGCCAUGCGCACUCCCGGGAACGCAACUAUGUUAUCAAACGAACAGUCGAAAGACAAUGCAUGGAAAAUCCAAAAUUCCGAUCCUCCAAAGACGACUGCAACUCAUGUAGGUGUCCAGUCAAAAAAUGAAUCAGUCUCGUCGAGUAGAACGUCGACUCAGCCUCAUGGUUAUCAAAAUACGACCUUCGAGAGCAUCCCACAAACUCCAUCGUUUGAAAAGGAAAAGAAAGACGAUGGCUGGGGAACCCAAUAUUCCAACUCUUCAUCAAAAGCGAACGCAACUGAUCGUGUAGAGGCCGGCCAUUAUGUAGCCAACAAAGAUAUAGGGGUGCCACUAGUCCCCACUAACAAAGCUCGACGGAAUAAUACAUCAACAACUACUCGACCGUAUCAAAAGCCAAAGAAAGGAGGCUGUUCCUGCUCCGUAUUAUAAGUCAAGAUCUGCGUGCGGAUCUAGGGGCCUGUGGAUCAUGUGGCCAAGCUGUUGCAUGAGGGAGGACUAGGCAAGUGGGUACGUUAGUCGUGAUGUUUAUGGAACAUAAAAUGUAAAGAGCAGAGUGCAAAUCCGGAGGCAUGCAUGUAAGACAUGCCCAGAUUCUGUUUCUGCUGCUGCUUAUUUUAUAAUCUGACCGAUAAUGAAUAUUCUUAGUUCGGAGUUUUGAUCAGGGUGCUUGUUUAAUUUGUAAUUGAUCUGGAUAUAUAGCUGAAAGUUU